CACCGUCCCGCCCCCAUCUUGGUCACAUGGCUGCGAUAUUACGACUUCCUCAAAGCCAGUUGUACCUAGUUCGCCGGUUCGCACAUGGCAUGACCAGGUGCUAAGGGCUCAAAUGAGGCUGGAUACCCGGCUGUUGGGAUUAGUGUUUUGCCCAAAGGCACAUCGCAGCCUGGCCAUGGACGUGACGUGCAAAGUGCUAAGCUUGCCAGGUGGGGAAAAUGGAAGAUGCAGAAGCAGACCCACCAGGGAUAUGAAAGGUUGGAAGGAAAUCCUGAACACCUCUCUUGGCAUCCUGCAGCAGGGCGGAGUGAUUGCUGUACCCACAGAUACCAUCUAUGGCAUUGCAUGUCUGGCUCAAAAUUCCCAGUCCAUAAGCAACAUCUAUAAUGUCAAAGGCCGCAAUGGGACCAAGCCAUUGGCUAUCUGUGUGGGGAACGUUGAUGAUAUUUACAGGUACUGCCAAGUGCGUGUCCCAGACCAAUUACUAAGGGACUUGUUGCCAGGACCAGUGACUCUGGUGAUGGAGAGAUCAGACCGGCUCAAUAAGGAACUAAACCCUUUUACAUCUUUGGUGGGUGUCAGAAUUCCCGAUCAUGCAUUCAUAAGGCAGUUAGCAGAGGUCUGCUCAGAGCCCUUGGCUUUAACCAGUGCCAAUAUCAGCUCCCAGGAUAGCACACUCACGGUAGAGGAAUUUAGGGAUCUAUGGCCGAAGUUGUCUCUGGUUGUUGAUGGAGGCCCUAUUGGAGAACUUUCUAGCCCUGAAUGCAGGCUAGGAUCAACUGUAGUGGACCUUUCUGUGCCUGGAAAGUUUACGGUCAUUCGAGAUGGAUGCGCUCUGACUUCCACUGUGGACAUCCUCACAAACACCUAUGGCUUGUUACCAAACUCCUGACAUACCUACCCUAAGGGGCAGUAGGUCUUGGGACCAAUCAGCAGGCAGAGAAUGACAAUGCCCUUUGCUGACUAGACUGGAAGAUUUGCCAAUGGUGUAGCAGAGGAAACACUAACGCAUGGCUUCUGAUCUUAAACCAAUAGGUCAUGUAUGCUUCUCCAUCCUGGCAUAUGAACUUUCUUGUCACUUGAAACUGCAAAUGAACAACAGAACUGUUUUUAAUUUCAAAAGGGCCUGUGUUGCUUAUUUUAAAAAAAGAUAGGAGGCUGCUUUUUUUGCACGGAUUGCAGAACUUUAUUUUGGUUACUUUUAUUUAAAUUAUUGACUUCUUAAUAAAUACUAGCUUGGUUUCUGGACUUGUCCUUGCAUUUAGUUAACAAUAAAUAAUAAAGCACAGAUAAGUACACACGGUCCCUCAUUAAACAAUGUCCACUGACAGCUUUAAAAAGCAGGACAGUUCUCUUUACUUUGACUGUGUUUAUACAAGCAAGUGAUGAGAAAACUCAUGGAAGGAAAUUAAACAUUACUUUAGAGACACUGUACAGUGUCUAAAGGAGAGAACAAUUCUCAGUAAUGUGUCCUUUAUUUUACAGUAUGGCAUACAUUA